AUGUCCUUGUCGAAUUGGACGAUUGGCCAAAUCUGGAUAGAAGAUUCCAGACCAGAAGACGUCGCAGAACCAUGGGUUACGGUAGGUGCCGGAAUUUUUAUGAUUUUGACUUCUGCCCUUGGAAUUUUUAUCAAUCUAUUUGUACUUCAACGAUUUUUAUGCAAAAAUAUGUCCAGUUUUUAUAUUAUGUGCUCCUCGAAAACAAUUUCGAAUUCCAUGAUUUUGCUAUGUUAUGUUAUUUUUAAUGGGCCCGUUUCUGUGAUAAGACGUUACUACGGUCCAGAAUUCCUGAAUAUGAUUCUUAAUCAAAUGGCAGCCUACGGGAUUUACGUUCAAGGCCCAAUGACUCAAGUUUGCAUUUCUUUCAACCGCUUUCUUAUUAUCUACUUUGCCACGUCAGCAAAACAAACCAACGGGAAGACUGCUACAAUAAUUGCCUUAUCAAUUUGCUGGCUAAUUUCCCUUUUUGUGACAGUAGCAGGAAUUCCAGGAAAUUGCACGAACAUUUUCAAUUUUGACAUUUUGACAUGGGACAAUUUGGAUCCGUGUGUUGACACUUUAGCAGACUCUGUUAUGUAUUGGAUUGGAUUUUUGGCGGUUAUUUCGAAUACUUUUAAUGUAGUCGUGGCUAUCAAAUUGAUAGUUUCAUCGACAAAACCCCACAUGGACUCUGUCGCUUCAAAACGACGCCGUCGAACUUCACGUCGUCUAUUUUUCCAGUCUUGCUUCCAAGACUGGAUUUAUCUUAUCGAUACUAUCAACAGCAUAUGCAUUAUGCUAUUCUUCAACUAUGAGAAGAAACGAGUCCUGUUGCGUUUACCCGGAAAGAAAAAAGAGUGCACUUUUAUAAAUGUUACUUUUUGA